GCAAGUUAAGCCCAACCCUAAGCAGCACCUAAACCCAUCCACACCACCACCCCCGCCACCAUGCGAGGCAUCGGCGCCGCCGCCGCCGCGAGGCGGCACGCGCACCUCCCUUCCUCCUCCUACGCUGUCGCCUUCUCCUCGUCCUUCUCCGGCAUAGGCGGCGCCGGACGCGGGCGCGGGCGCGGCGUACCGCCGUCCGGGCCGCCGCCGCGCGCUCCCGGUCGCCCGAUCGCUGACGCCGACGGCGCGGAAGAUCCCUUCUCCGCCCCCGCGUCCGGAGGCCACGGCCGCGGGGAGCCUGUGGUCCCCACUUCCUCCCCCACCAUCCCCUCUUUCUCCGCGUUCUCCGGCGCCGGCCGCGGCCGUGGAUCGCCGCUGCCCCUGCCGCCGCCCGCCGAGGACGAUGCUCCCAGGCAGCCGACCUUCACCAAGCACUUCGAUGACGCCCCUUCGCGCCCCGAUCCGGAGCUGCCGAGCGUCGACGCCUCCUCCUCCGCUGCGCCGCCGCCGCGCGCGCUCCCUUACGCCGGCGCCGGCCGUGGCGUGCCGCGGCAGCAGCAGCAGCCGCCGGCGGAUAAGGCCCCGGAGGAGAACCGCUUCAUCCGGCGCCGCGAGGCGGUGAGGCAGACGUCCGGCGCGCAGCAGCCGAAGUUGUCGCCGCAGGACGCCGUGAAGCGCGCAUUGGAACUCCUGGGCGGCGGCGGCGAAGAUGGCGGAGGUGGGCUUGGCGGCGGGGGUCGCGGCGGACGCGGUGGCCGCGGUGGCCGCGGCAGGGGUCGUGGCAGGUGGCGCGAUGACCGCCGGUCCGUUGAUGUGGAUGAUCGGCAAGGGGUCUACUUGGGGGACAGCGCCGAUGGGGAGAAACUGGAGAAGCGGCUUGGCGCGGAGAAGAUGAAGAUCCUGGAGCAAGCGUUUCAGGAAGCAGCAGAUAAUGCGCUGCCGCAUCCAAUGGAGGAUGCGUACAUGGAGGCUUGUCACACUAAUAACAUGAUCGAGUUUGAGCCGGAGUACCAUGUGAAUUUUGAUAAUCCUGAUAUUGAUGAGAAACCACCAAUGUCACUGGAGGAGAUGCUGCAGAAGGUGAAGCCAUUCAUAAUUGCGUAUGAGGGCAUCCAGAACCAGGAAGAAUGGGAGGAAGCUGUGAAAGAUGUAAUGGCGAGAGCACCCUAUAUGAAAGAGCUCAUAGAUAUGUACAGCGGACCUGAUGUUGUGACUGCAAAACAACAAGAAGAGGAGCUGCAAAGAGUUGCAAAUACUCUUCCAGAAAACAUCCCUUCUUCAGUAAAGCGGUUUACUGACAAAACCUUACUAGCUCUUAAGAAUAAUCCAGGCUGGGGUUUUGACAAGAAAUGCCAAUUCAUGGACAAGUUUGCUCGUGAAGUUUCAGAGCAGUACAAGUAGAAAGCUCUGUUAUACUCUGUUGUAACAUUUUAUUUAGCCCCCAAGAAGAUUUAUUGCGUUCUUCUUUGUUUCGAGGGAAGGUGCGAUGCAAUCUUUAAUCAAUGCAAUUUUUUCUUUUGCCAGGAUGCUAAUUAGAUAAAUAAAAAUACUGAUAAGCAUUGA